UUUCCACUUUUGUCCAUCAUCACUUUAAGCUAUAGCUGCAUUUGCGUUUGCAUUUGCAUAUCCCUUGGAACAACUGUCUGUCUUUUUGGUUUUCCAGCUCUCCUCGACUGCCCUGUAACAGAAUUAAGCGCGGAUGAGGUCCUCGGAAUCCCUCUUCAACGACUCAAACUGGGAAAUCCGUAUCCCAAACGCACAAAUUGAAGCACUUCAGGAGGACUACAAAUUAAUCAUCCAUGCAAAACCCAGGACUCAUGUCUUUUAUGACGAGACAGUCUUGUUCUUUUUACAGAUUUCUCUCCCGAAUGACCUGUCAACUUUACAUGAGGAAACUGAACGCCAAAUCACUGAAUUCUUUCAAACCCUAGAAAUCCAGGUAGAAGCAGCUUUUGUCGAUGCUCUUGCAUUAGCAACUGCAGCCUCAUCAGGACCAGGACAACAUGGACCCUUCUCACGUCCUACCAAUAAACGAAUGUCUGUUAGUUCACCCGGUCCAUAUGGUGGAGGAGGACGUCUCCCCCUAGGCGGUGAUCAAGGACGCAUGGAAUCUACUUUAUUAUAUUCAUACACUUAUAAUCCAUUGGAGAUUGGUAAAGAGCCUGUGAUUCGACCCAUUAAUGGACUUUGGACUGCCAUAUUUCCAUUUUCUGUACCAGUUUCCUUUGUGAAAACCAAAGCAACAAACACAGUACUUAUGCUGAGCGCACAUGUCUCGCAUCGUCCAACAGAUCAAGUCGUCCCAGCAGCGAUACCAUUGGAUGAUCAGUACAACGUAGAGUGCUUCAACAUGGUCAAUCUCUUGGAAGGGCUGUCUGACGAUCCAAAUUUCCCAUCGUCGCUGGCCCCCCAACAUCACUAUCGACCAGAUACACCUCGUGCUAGGGUACAAGCGCCUCCAAUGGCGCCUCUAUUGAGAAGAAGUGUACGUCGAAGCAUUGCAGUGCGUUCCGCGUUAAAUGUACGAAUGAGAACCACACGUGUAUCACCUACAGAAAACCCCUUGAUGAUGUCAAUCGAAGUUGAAAACAAUUCAGAACAUGGAGCAAAAUUCAAAACGACUCAACUGGAUGUGGAAGUAACUCAUGCAGUUGUCACACCUCUUGAUUCUGCUGGGCUCACAAAGCUUCCAAUGGUCUUGAAUUCAUCGGAUCAUGUCACUUUUUUGUUUUCAGUUUCAUUACUCGAAAAUCCAGAAUUGAAUCCUACCAGUCCAGCUAUUGGAAAUACACCCUUUGGAGGACAUAAUCGACAUUCGACUGAGAGUUUAGUACCGACAGGAGUUUUUCCAAAGGAUUCCCAACGUCAGGUCACAAUCGUUCUACAAGGCGUUCCAGAAGUAGACGGUGUUCAAGGGCAGACAAUUCAUUCGCGUUGGAAUUGUUUCUUGGAUGUUUCGGAAAUCACAAAGCAAGACAAUGCUUCAUCAGGAAUAGGAGUAGGAGUAGGAGUAGGAGUAGGACCAGGAGCAGGACCAUCACAGAAACAGCUUUUUGCGCCUCAUCCAUCACAUCCUUCUGGACUGUUGCCUCCUCCAGGAUCAUUGCCAUAUAGCUCCUCAGGGACACCAACUAAUUCACAACAUCACCAGUAUCAACUUCAUCAAAGGAAUCGAUCCUUGCCUUCAAGUCCUCAACCUCAGCAUCCUUCGUUACAAAAAACUAUGUCUCUACGUGUCACUAGCAGCGGUUCUCCACCUGUACAUAACAGCAACCGUGAAUCGCGUGUAAGACGUUCUUCAGUUGUUUCAGAUGGCACUCCAGCACAUUAUACACCCCAAGGUCAACGGGGAAGCGGAGGGGGUACUAAUUCGGCUCUUAGCAGCGCCAAUCGGAGGAGUGGUCUUGGUUGGGGAUAUGGUCGACCUUCAGAAAAUAACCAGGGUGGUUUGGCCCCAGUCCAAGAAGGAUCUACUUACCGCUCUCCGGUGAUUGGGCAUGGGGGCGCCGGAAGUGAAUCUGAGGGCGAUGAAGAUGAAGCGCCUUUGGCAGUGCCUGGGAACACCCAACAGAGUGGUCGCCCAACCAUCGCUGGAAAUGCAAUGUCGCCUGGAUUAGGUUUGGAUCUGGCAUCACAGGCACUUACUGAAGUGACACAAGGGCGAGCAGAGCAAGAUACUGGCGACGGCAUUGUUAUAUCCUUUGCAGUGACGGAUAGAGUGGUUGUAGGCAAGAUUUUCAAUCUAGAGAUUUUCAUUGUCAAUCGAUCACGCCAUAUCCGUCGCUAUACACUUGUAGUACCUAACAGGAAGCGUGCUAAAGGAGGAGACCCGAGUCAAGGAUCCAAAGUGUUACCACCCUUGCCUAGUGGUGAACGUGCAGUCAUUCAAAGCGUGCCAAUUGAUCCAUACAUGGAAGAAUCCGAACUGUUACGCCGACAUGUCGACAAUGAGACAACAGAGGCGGAUAUUAUUUGUCUUGAAAAUAAUAUUCGAUUGAGUCCGUUAUACCCAUUGACCUGUCAGAACUUGAACUUGCGUUUUAUUGCCAUCAAGGAACAACUUCAUACUAUUGAUCUGGUGCAGUUAGUAGACAAUGAUACAGGAUUUGUAACUAAUUUGAGAAAUUGUCUGUGCUUCAUGGCUGAAGCAUCUUUUGGAGCAUUGUCGCAGCAAGUCCCAGAAGUAAGGAAUCGAUCAUAAAAAAAGAAACCCUCUGGAAUGCAAAAGAAGAAAAUAAAAUAAAAAAAGAAAUAGAGAAAAAAGAAGUUGGAC